AUGACAAAUGAACUAAGAUACAUAGAUGAAGAUGGUAAUCUACAAUUUGGAGAGUAUGAACAUUUGAUGAAUAAAAAUAAGAAUGUAGCCUACACGAGAUACGAAAAUCAGAAGAUAUAUAACAAAAUUGAGGAACGUACCGCAUGCAAAAUAUGUGAACGGUUAAAUAAAGGUAUACGCUACCAUCCAGAGGCUGCAUAUGCUACAAUCUUACCAAAUGAGCUAAGUGAAGACUGUAUACACAGUGACUGGAUCAGAGAUAAAGAAAGAGCUCUUAAUAAUACUCCGAAAUCACACUACUAUAACAAAAUGUGCUAUGAUGCAAAAAGAAAAAAUAGAGAAUUUAAAGUUGGAGAUAUGGUUUAUGUCGAAAAUGGGAAUAAAUUAAAUCGGAAAAAACUAGAAGAACUACGGAUAGGACCAUAUAAAAUAGAAAAAAAAUCAGAUACCAUUUAUGAGAUAGAUACAGGACACAGGAAAACAGAGUCAAACUUAUUUCAUAUUUCAAAAUUAAUUCCAGUACAGAUAACAAAAGAUGAAGUUGAGGAGGAUACAAAUGAAAAAAAAUAG